ACACGUUUCGCCUCCCUGCACCGCACCGCUCCUCCUCAUCUUCCACUUCCACCACACCAGACCAGACCAGACCUCCUCCCCUGCUCUUCCGCCCGAAGCAAAGACCCCCAUUAAACCCCCCUCUCGCCCCCCUCUCCUUUCGGCUCUCCCCAUCCCAACCGGACCUCCAACAGUCUCCUGCCCACGCAGGGACCCUCCCGAUCCGCUUCUCCUGGGAUUCCGGGUGGUUCCCAUUCCACCUAGUAGUGGGGGGCGCGGGCAGUGCUUCGGCCUCCGUAGAUCGUUGCAGAGCCGUGGCACCCAAGCUGUGGAUCGGGGGAUCAGGAGUGGAGUAGCCCGCACGCAGCGCGCCAGCUGUUGAUUUAUGUCGUCUGCUCUGCUGCCGCUCCAUGGUUCUGAGCUCCCGACGUCAGCAGCCUCUUCUUGCUCCCUUCUCCAGCCUGGGCAGAGGGGCGCCAGACACUGCGGCUUUUGCUUCAGGAUCUCAGGAUUUGGAUUUGGGGUGAAGUACUCUGGGUUUCUGCAUUUAGACCCUUGCUUCCUACUUUGCUGCACCUGGAGGCAGUAAGAGUUGAAGAAUCCCCCAAAUCACAGUCAGUCUUGGGUCUGGUUUGGGUGGAUUGCAUUACGUCUCCUCCAAGUUCAAACAGUCAGUUGGAUUCCCGAGUUGAGUCUGAAGGAACCAGAUCUUCCCUUUUCCGGUUUCCAUCAGAAGUUAGAGAGAACCCCAUUCUGAUUUGCCAGAUUCCAUCUGUGCUGCAGUUCUUGCGCAGAUCAGGAGUCUCUUUGUCCACAAAAGUUUCAUCGAUCUCAAUUGAGGUGAAUCUGGAAGCUGUGUGCCGGGAUGCUGCCCACAGUGCAGAAGGUCCGCAUUUUCUGUGCUGAUCCUGAUGCUACAGACUCAUCUGAUGACGAAGAAGAUAAGAACAUUGCAGAAAAGAAAAUGGUUAGGGAGGUACUGGUUCCAGUGACGAACUCGAAGACCUCUAAUAGUCUGAAGACCCUUGUGCCAUGUGGAACAAAGGAUCAAGAGGUUUCAGAGAAGAAGGGGAAAUCAAGCAGGUUCCGUGGUGUGCGCAAGCGACCCUGGGGUCGAUGGGCAGCUGAGAUUCGUGAUCCGGUGAGAAAAACCAGGAAGUGGAUUGGCUCGUAUGACUCCGAGGAGGCUGCUGCUGCGGCAUAUCAGGCAUAUGCAAACCAGAUCCGUGAUGAGGUGUUAGCCAUUAAGACUAAACAGUCUGUAUCAGAACGUGCACCUCUAUCAAGUUCGUCCUCGGUUUCCUGCGUAUCUUCAUCUGCCCUGUGUGAGCAGACAGCGCAUGAACCGCAGAAUAGAGUGCUUGUGGAGAAAGAUCCUGAGCCUGUGGAUGAAGUCUUUCUGAACUUCUCCCCCACACCGAAGGAGAUUUCAAUGGACGAUUUGCUAGGACGGAUAGAUGAGAUUCCUGUUUGUGACUCUGUCAGGCCAGCUGAUGAUCUUCCACUUGACAAUUUCAAAAGGCUGCAAGAUGCAUUCCCCAUCAGUGAUUUUAUUGGUCCAGGAGAUGAUCAUCUGUAUGAUCACUAUAUUGGUCUAGCAGACAUUAGCCACCUGCCUCUUCCAAUGAAUGAGCCAGCUUUCAAUCUGGAUGCAGAGCUUGAUUGGAGUGGGUUCGACUUUGCUGCAAUUGAACGUGAACUUGAUGUCCUUUAAGGCUGCAUCAGAGAUUGUUAUACUGAAACCUACACUUGAUUAUGUUGUAUUCAGCUGAAAGCUCCUCUCUAUGUUUUCAUAUUUGUCAGAAUGCAACAAUGAAUAUGGAUUCAGGUUUCAGUCUGGCUGUAUGUGGCCGGGAUCAGGAGGCAAUUGACCUCUAAAUUUGGAGGCAAUUGGCCUCUAAAUUUUGUCAGGAAUUGUACAGUUCCUAGAGUAACUUGCCAGUGUGUGCUAUUGAUGUAACAAGUUUCAUCAUGUAAUAUGUUCUAAUUUAAUUUCAGAUCUGACGGGCUUGUGUAA